AUGAGCGGGUACCUGGGCCGGGCGGCGGCGGCUCUGCUCCGCUGGGGGCGCGGCGCGAGCGGCGGCGGCGGCCUGCGGGGCCCGGGCGUGCGGGCGGCGGGCUCGGGCGGCGGCGGCGGAGGCUCGGCGGAGCGGCUGGACGCGAUGGUGAAGAAGGACAAGGUGGUGGUCUUCCUCAAGGGCACGCCGGAGCAGCCCCAGUGCGGCUUCAGCAACGCGGUGGUGCAGAUCCUGCGGCUGCACGGCGUCAGCGACUACGCGGCCUACAACGUGCUGGACGACCCCCAGCUCCGGCAAGGCAUCAAAGACUACUCCAACUGGCCCACCAUCCCGCAGGUGUACCUCAACGGCGAGUUUGUGGGGGGCUGUGACAUCCUCCUACAGAUGCACCAGAACGGGGACCUGGUGGAGGAACUGAAAAAGCUGGGCAUCCGCUCCGCCCUUUUGGACGAAAAGCAAGACCAGGACUCCAAGUGA